CUCGAAUGGUUGCAUCUGCACAUUGAGAGUUUGAGACACGCUUAUGCGAAUCGCCGCACCACCAUUACCGCGGCAACUCGAGGCCAGCAAUGCUUCUCCAUUCCAUGGCGCCCCUCCACACCGCCGCCGCCGCCGUGCAGCAUGCAGCCGUCGGCGCGGCUCCAAAUGCCGCUCCGAAGAAGAGCAGCAACACAGCCAGAUGCGACACCAGAAGGGCGUUUCUGCACGGCGUGUUGAUCGCUGCCGCCGGCGCCGGCACGCUGCUGGGCCACGUCGACGCCGCGCCGGCGGCUUCCAAGAGGCGGGCACCGCCGCCGGCGGAGCAGAAGGAGAAGAAGGACCCCAACAUGAGCGGCGUGCAGGCCAAAGUCAUGGCGAGCAGGAAGAGGAAGGAGGCCAUGAAGGAGGCCACGGCCAAGCUGAGGGAGAAAGGCAAGAAGCCUGCAGAUGCUCCUGCUGCCAGUUCCCUAACUAAAACGCCGAUCAAAUCGGCAGCGGUCCCUGUAGAGUGAGUAUAUGUAUAUGUGCGUGUGCAGCAUAAUUACCAAAUUGUAACUUGUCAUAGAUGUGGUUUCAUGCAUCGCUCGAUGCAAAAUCCAGGGCGUUUCAUUCUUUUCGAAAA